AUGUCACACGUCGAGAACGCAGAGCCUAAAAAUGACAGCGGACGUACGAAUGAGAUAGCGAACGAACGCGAUAAAUCCGUCGUGCAAGCAAGUCCGGAAAGUUCUGUCAAUGUAGAGAUAUCAGCAUCCAGUCGGAUAUCACUAUCCAAAACGAGUCAAUUAUUGGAUAACAUAAAAUCUGAUCUAGAAACGGAGGAAAAUGACGAGAAAUGUGACGAUAUAUUACAAGAUAAAGAUAACACAUGUAUUGCCUCAGGCGACAUUUGUAGAAUCUGUCACAUGGGCGGAUAUGCCCCUAGCGCGGACAACCAUCUAUCACCAUGUAACUCGGAAAAUCUGAUUGAUCAGACAUCGAUUCUGUCAAAUUUUGUCGGUCCUUUGAUUUCAGCUUGCAAAUGCCGUGGUACAGUGGCUCUGGUGCACGUCGAGUGUCUCGAGAGAUGGCUAACCGAGUCCGGUCGUGCGAGAUGCGAACUUUGCGGCUACAAGUAUGCAAUCAGGAGGGUACGGCGUCACACCUUCUUUCAAAGCAUCGUAAUAUGGUUCCGCACCAUAAUAGCUACUCGACAGAUGCUACUUGACAUUGGGUAUUUGAUAAUGACCACACCUGUGGCUGUGUUUUCCUGCUAUCUGUGCGCCUUGGCUUUGAAAAUGUUGAUGCGAAAUGGCUUUUACGAGAUACCCUGGAUGAUAGUUGCUAUGUUGCCAACCUGCUUAUUGACGCUGAUAGCUUAUUGGCGAUGGAUAAUUACGUUAGGGAGAUUGCAUGGCCAUCGAUGGAGACGUUACUGGAGAAACAAUUUCGUGGUUCGUUUGAUUCCCGAUAACGACAUUGAGAACAGCCUCGACCCGCAAAGCUCGAAUGAUUAUUUUAAUGUGCGAGAGGAUUUUGAGCAAUGGAGACUCGAGGAGAACGACGAAUUCGCAUGACUUUUGACCUUGUCAACCGCACGCCAGGAAUAAUCUUUUAAUUACGACU